UGAACUCUCGCCGGCUCGUGUUUUCGGUGAAGAAGCCAAGAUGUCAGCGCCCAUGGAAGUGAUCGUGAGCACGGACUCGUCCUCCCUGCUGUGGAACUGCACGGUGUCGGACCUCCACUCCGGGGCCAACCUGGUCUCCUACCGGGGGGGAAACACCUCGGCCCGUGGCCUGGCCGUCCUAGACGACCGGUGGCUCCUGGGGGCCCAACUGGGCAAGAACUUCAUCAACGUGUGGGAGAUACAAAGGAAGGACCAGCUGCUGCAGAGGAUGGUGUGUCCCGGGGUGGUGACCUGUCUGACCGCCGCCCCCAACGGACUGUUCCUCGCCGCCGGGAUCGCAGAGGCCCUCUACCUGUGGGAGGUGUCGACGGGCGGCCUCCUGGCGGUCCUCAACAGACACUACCAGGACGUCAGCUGUGUGAAGUUCACCGAUGACUCCUCCCACCUCGUCACCGGAGGCAAAGACAACCUGGCCCUGGUGUGGCGCCUCGCCAGUGUGGUGCAGCUGGACCAGGGCUGCAGCCCCGAGCCUCUCCACGUGCUGUCCCGCCACUCCCUCCCCGUCACCGACCUCCACUGUGGGCUGAUGGGGCCGCAGGCCCGGCUGGCCACAGCCUCGCUGGACCAGACCGUCAAGCUGUGGGAGCUGGGCUCAGGAGAGCUGCUCUUGUCGAUCCUGUUUGACGUCAGCAUCAUGUCGGUGACCCUGGAUCCCUGCGAGUACUUCCUGUUCUGUGGAGGAAGUGAUGGAAACAUCUUCCAGGUGUCCCUGUGUAGUCAGAGUUUAAGCCGAGAUAAAACGUUCCAGUCAGAAAGCGACGGCAACCAGGUGUUCAAAGGACACAGGAACCUGGUGAGCUGUCUGUCGGUGUCGAUGGACGGGACGCUCCUCCUGUCGGGGUCCCACGACGAGACCAUGCGGCUCUGGGACGUCCAGAGCAGGCAGAGCCUUCGCUGCUCCGCCCAGAAAGGUCAGGUGACCACCUGCUCCAUCAUGGCCGCCCCGGCCAACAUGCUGGUCCCUCUGGGGGCUCCGGCCGCGCCCCUGCCGCGCCUCAGCCGGCACCUGGCGUCCUCCCAGCACGCCGAGGGGCCCGACUCCGGAGACGUCUGCCUGCGCCUCGGCCUCCACACACAGGAGGAGGAGUCGUAUCUUCAGAAAGCAGAGAAGCUCUUCUCCACCAUGACGGCCAUCACGGACAAACGGGUGGGGGAUGAGGACGGCUCCAGGGUGCGUCUGGCCGAGCUGGAGGAGGAGGUCCGCACCCUGAAGAAGGUCAACAAGGACCUCUACAGCUUCUCCGCCCACCUCCUCACCUGACUCCUCCUCCUCCUCACCUGACUCCUCCUCCCCCUCACCUGACUCCUCCUCCUCACCCGACUCCUCCUCCCCCUCACCUGUCUCCUCCUCCCCCUCACCUGUCUCCUCCUCCCCCUCACCUGACUCCUCCCCCCCUCAUUAGUGUAAUAACCUGAAUGUUUUGUACAAUAAAGCAGAUGUGUUGAAGAUUGUGUUGUUGUGUGCGUGUAACUAGUGCUGUUCAUUAGUUAGUUCACUGAUUAGUUAGUUACCUUGUUAGAGCAGAGCCAGGUUAGUUCAACUAACUAUGAACUAGCCUGUCCUAGCUGGUUAUGCUAACCAGAGCAUGUUCUAAAUGUGUUCUGAGUCCUCUUACUGUCAGUAAAGACGAGUCCAGGAGACAUUUGAGUGCAGAUAAGGCGAUCGGCACACGUUUACUGGAGUAAAUAAUCAGAAUACAUUAAGAGUAGUACUACCACAGAGCCAGGUAGUACCACCACAGAGCCAGGAAGUACUAGGUGAGUGGUAGUACUUCAGGCACCACAUCAUCGCGGGACCAGCAAGAAUCGGUUUCAUAUAUUUUAAUGAUGGGAGACUUUGUGACUCGUCUCCACGACGACGGGCACCUCGUCUCUAUGGCAACAGGCCUACAGGAGCAUAUGGGUGUGGCGAUAGACAUUCACUGACCCUUUAGUGUAUGAGGGUAGCUCUGCCUGUCAUGCUAAGCUAACGGCUACACACAGCGACACCUAGGCACUCCAUUUCCCAGAAUGAUUUGCAAAGGCCACUAUACAAGUGGUGGCCAGUCCGAUUCCAACAAACUCCUCACCAUGGCAACAGGGGGGAGGACAGGGGCAUCCCAGCGUCACGUGUGUACGUGUGUGUACGUGUGCGUACGUGUGCACGUGUUUGAUCAGGAGAGGGCGGGGGUCUCCGUCUGGU